AGCCGUCCGUCCAAAACGCACACUCUGCUAAAUGUCAACGGAGCGCUAACACUGAAACCUGUAAAACAUGCGCUUGCUACGUCAUCCGUGUGCCCCCCGGCAGUCUAGAACAGAGCCCAGCUGUUCUGCUUCUAAGAUACCAGGGCCGUAGCACCUUUCAACAGGCACAACAAAUUAGGUACACGUUACCCACGCCGCUUUCUCUCCCGUCGCUCCUUGCGUUAAAAAGGGUAUAGCUGUUUGUGUUUGGUAUCCUUUCGUGGACACCCCCAGGCUGACGUGAAACACGCCCUAACACACCCCGGGAUUUCACCAUUGGAAAUCAUUCGUGACUGUCUUGCAAAGAGCUUCUUCAUUCCCACUGGUUGGAAUUGUUGUCAAUCGUCAAUAUUUCCGCUCUGUGAUUCAGAGAAGCCACCCAUUUCUAGGACCCUCCAGCGCCAGGCAGCUGUGGUCUGUACUAUCACCGAGACAACGCGACUGUCAAGUGGGGGGAACUAAACUAGUACACAGAGGAGCUAUAUACUAAAGCACAUUUCCUGGCAUUUGGCAAAUGGUCAGCGAUCUGUAUAGUUCAAUGAGAGUGAACACGGCUUUUGUCGUAUUUGUCCAAAUCCCUUUGAAGAAGGUCAAAACAAUAAUUUAAACAACAAAAGGUUGGACGCUGUUGGUCCAGGGUUCUCUCAGUCCUCAGGCAUUGCCUUGUAUUGGGGUCUGUUGAAAACUGGGCUUUCAAUUCCGUGGCGCUUGCUGUUACUUAUUCUGACCCCAGUUCUACAUUGUUUCAGAAAAAAAAAAAAAAAAAAAAAAAACGAUGUGCUGAAACGACAUGUUCUGCUUUAUAGCAUAAAGUUUCCAACGAUCGCAAUUAUUUCUUAAAGGUGAUACACUGUGUCAUUCCCUUUCUUUUUUUUUUUGGUCGUACCUAAGCCAAACCUCAUUUAGGAUGCAGGGAGCUGUAUACUGAACCGAACACUGCCUUUGUUAAACACUGCGAACUUUUUAACUCAAAGAUUUUAAAAAAGGAUUCCAAAAUGUCAACUCCGAGCAGGUUCAAAAAGGAUAAAGAAAUAAUUGCUGAGUACGAAAGUCAAGUAAAAGAGAUCCGUGCUCAGCUGGUGGAGCAGCAGAAAUGCCUGGAGCAGCAGACAGAGAUGAGGGUCCAGCUCCUGCAGGAUCUCCAAGACUUCUUCCGAAAGAAGUCUGAGAUCGAGAUUGAGUAUUCCCGUAAUCUAGAGAAGUUGGCUGAACGGUUCAUGGCCAAGACAAGAAGCACCAAGGACCAUCAGCAAUACAAAAGAGACCAAAACCUAUUGUCUCCUGUGAACUGCUGGUACUUAUUGCUGAACCAGGUGAGGCGGGAAAGCAAAGACCACGCCACGCUCAGCGACAUCUACCUGAACAACGUCAUCAUGCGCUUCAUGCAGAUCAGCGAGGACUCCACAAGACUCUUCAAAAAGAGUAAAGAGAUUACGUUCCAACUACAAGAGGAUUUAAUGAAGGUUCUCAAUGAGCUAUAUACAGUCAUGAAGACUUAUCACAUGUAUCACACGGAGAGCAUCAGUGCUGAAUGCAAGCUGAAGGAGGCUGAGAAGCAGAUUGGGAGGUCAGGAGAUCCCGUCUUCAGCAUCCGCCUGGAGGACAAGCACCAGAGACGCAGCUCAGUGAAGAAGAUUGAGAAGAUGAAGGAAAAGCGGCAAGCCAAAUACUCUGAAAACAAGCUGAAGUCUAUCAAAGCACGGAACGAAUACCUUCUAACUUUGGAAGCGACAAACUCUUCUGUUUUCAAGUACUACGUUCAUGACCUCUCUGAUUUAAUUGAUUGCUGCGAUCUAGGAUACCACGCCAGUCUGAACAGAGCUCUCCGCACCUUUCUGUCUGCUGAAUACAAUCUGGAGACCUCCCGGCACGAGGGCCUGGAUAUCAUUGAGAAUGCAGUGGAGAACCUGGACCCCCGUAGUGACAGGCAGAGGUUCAUGGAGAUGUUCCCCUCUGCGUUCUGCCCACCCAUUAAGUUUGAGUUCCAAUCUCACAUGGGGGAUGAGGUUUGUCAGGUCAGUGCCCAGCAACCCAUACAGCCAGAGCUAAUGCUGAGAUUCCAGCAGUUACAAUCCCGGCUGACUACUCUCAAAAUCGAGAAUGAAGAGGUUAAGAAAACCGCCGAAGCCACACUUCAGACAAUACAAGAUAUGGUGACCAUUGAGGACUACGACGUGUCUGAGUGUUUCCAGCACAGCCGCUCCACUGAGUCUGUGAAAUCGACCGUGUCCGAUACGUACCUCAGCAAGCCCAGCAUCGCCAAGAGAAGGGCGAACCAGCAAGAGACGGAACAGUUCUAUUUCAUGAAAUUUAAAGAAUUUCUGGAGGGAAGCAAUCUCAUCACGAAGCUGCAGGCAAAGCAUGACUUACUGAAAAGGACACUCGGAGAAGGUUACAGAGCAGAGUACAUGACAACCAGGCCUCCAAAUGUUCCCCCCAAACCUGAGAAACAGAGGAAGCCUAGGCCCCGCUCCCUGUUUAAUGCUAAGUUGUUUAAUGGGAACUUGGAAUCCUUUGUCAAGGAGUCGGGACAGGUUGUUCCUCGGGUGGUUGAAAGCUGUAUUCGAUUUAUCAACCUUUAUGGUCUGCAGCACCAAGGGAUUUUCCGAGUGUCAGGGUCACAAGUGGAAGUCAAUGAUAUUAAAAAUUCAUUUGAGAGAGGUAACGAUCCAUUGACAGACGGUGAAAAUAACCAUGAUAUUAACUCAGUGGCUGGAGUCCUGAAGCUCUAUUUCAGAUGUCUGGAAAACCCACUCUUUCCCAAGGAAAGAUUUCAUGAUUUAAUUUCCUGUAUCAGAAUAGAAAAUCUCUAUGAGAGGGCUCUCUACAUCCGCAAACUUCUUAUUACACUGCCGAGGUCUGUCCUCAUAGUGAUGAGAUACCUGUUUUCCUUCCUUAAUCACUUGUCUCAGUACAGUGAUGAAAACAUGAUGGACCCCUAUAAUCUGGCAAUUUGUUUUGGUCCCACUUUGAUGCCCGUGCCAGACAUUCAAGAUCAGGUCUCUUGCCAGGCGCAUGUGAAUGAAAUUGUCAAAACCAUCAUCAUUCACCAUGAAACAAUUUACCCUGAUUCCAAGGAGCUGGACGGCCCUGUGUAUGAGAAGUGUAUGGCUGGGAACGACUACUGCGAUAGUCCCUACAGCGAACAUCGCACCUUAGAGGAGGUCGAUCAGGAUACCGGUACAGAGCCCCACACCAGUGAAGAUGAAUGUGAGCCCAUUGAAGCCAUAGCCAAGUUCGAUUACAUUGGCCGGUCGGCUCGAGAGCUGUCCUUCAAAAAGGGAGCCUCCCUGCUCCUCUAUCACCGUGCUUCUGAUGACUGGUGGGAAGGCAGGCAUAAUGGGAUUGAUGGAUUGGUGCCACAUCAGUACAUAGUGGUUCAGGAUACCGAUGAUACAUUUUCAGAUACACUGAGCCUGAAAGCUGACAGUGAAGCCAGCAGUGGAACAAUGAGCGAAGACAAGUGUUUGUCAAAGGAAAUCAGCUCCCCGCCUGACAGGCAUCCUGACGCCUAUGUUGGCAGACACAGAAAGAGGACAGAUCCUCCCCCACCACGCCGCUCCACGGGCCGCUCCAGCGAGGGUCACUGCAUGAUGCACCCGCCUCACCCCAUGCUGAACACCUCUUUGGAGAUGGGCUCCCCCAACAUGGGUAACCAUGGCAGCCAUGGCAGCCAUCACAGCUCGCGCUCCCUGCUCCACAACCGCAACCUGCCUGUGGACAGCCCUGAGAGGAGGCGCCGCGCCGGUCCAGGCAGCCUCACCAACAUCAGCCGCCACGACUCCCUCAAGAAGAUGGAGAGCCCUCCCAUCCGCAGGUCCACCUCUUCAGGACAGUACCCCGGAUUCAGCGAGCAGCACAAACCCCUAGACCCAGAGAGCAUUGCUCAGGACAUCGAGGAGACGAUGAACACAGCCCUGAAUGAGCUGCGGGAGCUGGAACGCCAGAGCACAGCCAAGCACGCCCCUGAUGUAGUGCUGGACACCCUGGAGCAGAUGAAGAACGCACCCACCCCGGCCACCUCCACCGAGUCCCUGAGCCCGCUCCACAACAUCAUGCUGAAGAGCAGUGAUCCACCAAUGCGUCGCAGCACCAGCUCCUCCAGCGACACCAUGAGCACCUUCAAACCCAUGGUGGCCCCACGCAUGGGAGUCCAGCUGAAACCCCCAGCCUUGAGACCAAAACCAAUGGUUCUUCCCAAGACUAACCCCAGCCAUGGACCUCCCCCUGCUGGCCAAGGUCCUACAGACAAGUCGUGCACAAUGUGAAUCUGAAUGUUACGACUGCACAAUAAAAUGCAGGGACGAUUUAAAUAAAUACAAUUAACUAAAAAAAAUUAUAAAUAAAUAAAAAGCUUAAGGAUCCACAGCGUGGUCAAAACUAAAGGGAUAUUAAGAUAAAUAUUGGUAGUUAUGUGUUUGUAAGCUGUAUUCUUUGAGUGUUAGAAAGUAAAUGUCUCCAAUUAGCUGCAUUUAAUAACAAAGGGCAUUUUUACAUGCUUCUGUAAAAACUGGAUUAUCAUACAGUAUUAUUUGAGGGCAAUAACAAAGACCACAUAGACUUACUUGAAAUAAAAAUAAAUAAAAAAUAAACCUGUAUGCUGCACCGCUAGAUUUUAAAGGGAAAAAAAAAAAAAAAGAGUCAAACGAAAGCAACACAAAUCACAAAGGCUUCCCAUAUUGUAAAAUAAUUUUAAACCAUUAGUUUACAUAAAGGGACUCUGUGCAACAUUCAGAAGCUUGCAUUUCAAAUCAAUGUUAGUUUACAACUUACUUUGAGGGACUUUGGAAGUCUUUGUUGAUUUUUGAAGGCGGACAUUAUCUCUCUGUUCAACACGGUUGUUUUUGUUUUUCGUUCCUUAGGCCUUACUGCCCGGUUGAAACUAUAGCUCCAUCCUUACUGAUAACCACUGCUUAAAGCUGCUGUAUUCAUGUCGGUUGUUUACAUAGGCCAAGAAACAAAGGUGCGACCUUCAGGAGAGGAAGCGCUCAUUUAAAACUCCCUUUUAUUUCAGCUGCAAACAAACCCACUGGUUUGGGUCCUACUGCCAACAGAAAAAGCCUUUUCAGUUAAGUGGUACGUCUAAUUUUCUAUUUAGGCAAAGCAAGCCAUACAACAUAGUCUCUGGGGGUGGUGACACAAAAUUGAGGUCCUUAUAAGGGACCCUACUUCCGUUAAUACUUUUCUCUAGCAGGUGGAAAACUACAUGAGCUGGUUGUUUUUAGUUUUUUUGUUUUUUUUUACAGUAAAUCCCGGUGGAUUUUAAACUGAUAAAACCUCUUUAAUCAUUCAUACGUGCCACUUUCCACUCAAGUACAGCCUCAAAAAUAACAAAAAAGACAGACUGAAAGUAAAAAACAGCUGCCAGGAAAAUCUGGCCCACACUCUUUCUGAAGGUGACACAAUGAGCCUAUGUCACUUAAUCUAAACAGGUACCACACCUUUAAAAUUGCACAAUUUUGUGUGUGUUUAAAUAGCGAUAAAUACAGUACUGGACUGCAUAAUGCUUAUAUAAAAUGCUGUUUACAGAGAUUAUAAUAAUCAUUAGAAAUUAUACGUUUUAGUGGAUGGCCAUUAGAUGCAUUUGUGUAAGUAAAUAGUAGUUUGAUGGUUCUAGGUAUAUUUUAAAAAAGUACAGUGAAAAAAGUGGACAUGUAACAAGGAAGACUGAUACAACUGCAGAUGUACUAAGUGGUAGCUCCCGCACACACCUAAUUCAAUCUGUCCAUACUGUAAUUUGGCUAAACCGCAGUACUGGUAGUUUCCUGCAUUUUGACUGUUACCUAAUUGUGUCAAUGUACAUCUCUAGUAUGUACAUGUGAAAGUGCCUUUAAAAUUUUAGAGGAACUUCAGACUUUGUUCUGUACUGUUGCAUUUUCCAUUUCAAUCCAUACAUUAAUGAACAAGUAGAAAAUAAAUAUAUACAUAAAUAAAGCAAACGAAAGGUAAUACUGUACAGUUCUGGAAAAUGUACUGUUAAUCCAUUGUGCACUUUUAUGUGUAGUACUGUACAUUUUGGCAUGUAGCAUUAAAAAAAAAGUUUCAGCACACAUUGAGGUUUGUUCCUCUUAGUGUAUCUUUCUAAUAAAGGAAAUAGUUCUGUCAGCCUGUGUUUGUAUUUAUUAUUGUAAUGCAUUCGUAGCUAUGUCAGGUCAAGGUUACAUUUUCUGUAUGAAGGUACUGUGUUAUGUUUUUUGGCUUGCAUGUCUAUCAUUGCAACUUCAUCUAGUGACAAUAGAUGGACAGAGCAUGACUUUGAUUGAUGACCUGUUCCCUGCAUAGUUUCCCACAUAAUGAUCUUUUGUGCACAAUUCCAAACAAAACUCAACAUAAGCCCCCUGGAUUUGAUUACAGCAUUUUACUACAACUGUUAAAUCCCACGGAAUUACAUUGGCCAUCUACUUUUAGGAGAAAUCGCAGUAUAACUGCAAAUAGGUGGUUGACGCUGUCCAGGAUGAGUCCCAUGGGAUGCAAAAUGCUCCAUUAAAAUCUAGCUGUGGCUUAAACCAGCGGGGUACAUGUUGAGCAACUCCAUCAUCACAUUGAUAGUUUGAAGACAAAAAAAUGAAUUCAUCCUAAAAUGACCUCGAAGGGGACCUUGUUAUGCUGGGAUACGGUAUGUAACCCUAAGAUAUCCUCCAGCCUUGACUGAAUAUUCUACCCACCUCAAUCUUCUCUUUGCUUUCAUAAUGGUUCUUUUUUCAGGAUAAAGCCAGGUCAACACUCAAACUGUUUUGUAGGCUAACACUGUAGAAUAAAUACAUCGUACAACGAAAUGCGAUUGGCAACAAUGUCUGUCAACAGUUUGCUGUCGGCCAACCAAGUAAAGACCUGUUUUGAUAUGCUGGCAGACAUUUCUUAACUAGCUACAAUGUAUUGAUCAUGCUAAAACACAUUUUUAUUGUGUCGCCAUUUUUCAUUGUGUUUCAUGUUCAUAACAAUGUCCUUAUAGCAGGAUUUGAUGCUCCUACAUAAAAAAAAAAUAUAUUAUUGUUCUGCAAAACAUAUUAUCAUUUCACUGCUAUGAAACUUUAUAAGAAAUAUGGUACUGAUGCAUUUUAUACUAUUAAACUGAGCUUUACAUGUGUGCUAAAUAGAGCGAUUCUGACUCCCCUUAACAAAUGCAGUGCCACUGAAUGACUUUUCAUGACCCCAGAUCUUUUUUUAAAUGGCAGAUUAAUUUCCUCAAUUAAAACAUCUAUUUAUACAAAAUAUCCCUGAGCUCCAGCACUCAAAUUACAGGAGACAUUCUUGACAGCAACCAAGGUUACAGCAA